GUAAUUAAGUUAUCAAUUUUCUAUGAGCCAAACAAAUCAAAUCUAAGUUUUGAAUCUUGUGUAAUAGAUACUCUGCUUCUUUUUCAUUUUUUUGUAAGUUAUUUUACGUUUGCAUUUUUUAGAUUUUUGUAAUACAUUUGCUCUUAUCAAUUACAACUCCAAAAAUAAAAAUUUACUUUUAGUUUGUUGUUGUCAAAUUCUGCAAUACUGAUAAAGACAGUAACAAUGAUGAAGUUGAAUAUGAAGUUGGACGCACUAAAUGGUUAGUUGGCUUUAACAGCAAUGAUUAUAUAGAUUAAAAAAUAAUGAUGGCCUCCAAAGUCAUCUAUGAUCUAUAAUGCUGUAAAAAUGGACAAAAAUUCAGAUUUAUCAUGGAGAUUAGAGCAAGUACAAGUUAAGAAAUUAUACAGUGAUGUUUUAUCUGCUCGCAAUGCAGCCAAAGGGUACGAGGCAUCAUCUACUUAUCAAUCUGAGUAUGAAUUAGGUAGAGGUUGUCGGAAAAAGAAAAGAAAACAGAAUUUCUCAAUUGAUAAUGUAUCUCGCAAGAAUAAAUUUUGCAAGAUCCGGCGUAUUAUAAACUCAAGUACAGAAGAUGAAGAUGAUUGUCCAUUUUUUAGAAUGAAAGAAAACAUUGUUAAAUCUCCACCUCCAGUCCAGUUUUCUGAGUUAGAGAUGCCAUCAACAUCAACUAAAUGUAGAGCUGAGGAAGAUGAGAAACUUGUAAAAAGAGUUAAAUUGAAGAUGUCCCAGAACUUAAAACAGAAAGCAUGUUUAAAUAAGAAAUCUCCAGAGAAGCUGAACUUAGAAAAAUCUGAACAAGAUUCUCUUGUAAAUGAAACACAAUUGUUUGAUGAAAAUUCAAAUAUAUUUAUGUCAAGAGAUUUUGAUAAAAAACAUGAAUCACAAUUAAGCGAAUCAUCUGAAACCAGCAAAAAACAAAACAAUGACACUAGUUUAUGUGUCAUUAGAACUCCACAGAAAAAUUAUACAAAAUCUUUUAGUUCUCAUAGAUCACUUUCUAAUAACAUACAACUGAAAAAUUCUGAAAAAUUUUGUUCUCAAACAUUACUGUCUGAUAAUCAGGUUGAAAGUUCCACAGAAUCCAAUUCUCGGAUGUCAUUAGUUAGCAGUCAAAAUGAAAGUCCUAUAAGAUCUUGCAGCUCUCAGUUAUCAAAAAAUUCUAUAAGAUCCUGCAACUCUCAACUAUUAUUGCUAGAUAGUCAGUUGAAAAAUCCUACAAAAUUUACAAAAUCUUUAGUGCCACAGUCCAACAAUCAAUCUAAAAGUCCGAAGGAGUCUUAUAGACGUGAAUUAUUUUUAUCUCCCACAAAAUCUACUGAUGAUAACUGUAAGUUAAUAAGUAGUUAUUUUUUUUACCUUAUCUCAUUGAUGUGCAAUUACCAAACAACAUAA